GGAGCUGAUGUGUACUGUGUGCGCCGGCGACGCGCCGGCGUGUACUGUGCAGCGCGGGAAUGAAGUUUGCUGAUUUGGUGUCUAGCCUGGAUGCUUGGGUUGCAGGCCCUGCUUGUGGUGGCACUCCACAGUCAUCCGGCUGAAGGAGAAGACCUGUUGGACUUUAUCUUCUCAGGUUUGAAGACUGUAUAGAAUCCCUGAAGAACUGGAAGACAUUAUUUGCUUGGCAAAGAGAAGUUCCCAAACCAACUGGGGAUGAAAUAUUCGAAGAGAUAAAUGAAUACUUUGAAACAUACAAGAUACUAUGGAAACAGAGUGGAAGUUUGGGACAGGUUGUCUGUUCACACUGAUUUGCUGUGCAGAAGCUAAAACACGUGAUUUUAGAAGAAGACCUGUCAAAGUCAUACAUGCUGAACGACAUAGCGAUUUUUUUCAGAUAUUGUUUUGUAUUUACCCAUGAAGACAUUGUUUUUUUGGACUCUGCAAAUAGGACAUUUCAAAGAUGAAUGAAAAAAAAUCGGAAACAACUUCACGGCAGCGGAAAUGUCCUGAAUGGAUGAAUGUGCAGAAUAAAAGGUGUGCUGUAGAAGAAAGAAAGGCAUGUGUUCGGAAGAGUGUUUUUGAAGACGACCUCCCCUUCUUAGAAUUCACUGGAUCCAUUGUGUAUAGUUACGACGCUAGUGAUUGCUCUUUCCUGUCAGAAGAUAUUCGCAUGAGUCUAUCAGAUGGGGAUGUCGUGGGAUUUGAUAUGGAGUGGCCACCUUUAUACAAUAAAGGGAAACUUGGCAAAGUUGCGCUAAUUCAGUUGUGUGUUUCUGAGAGCAAAUGUUACUUGUUCCACAUUUCUUCCAUGUCAGUUUUCCCCCAGGGAUUAAAAAUGUUGCUUGAAAAUAAAGCAAUUAAAAAGGCAGGUGUAGGAAUUGAAGGAGAUCAGUGGAAACUUCUACGUGACUUUGAUAUCAAAUUGAAGAAUUUUGUGGAGUUGACAGAUGUUGCCAAUAAAAAGUUGAAAUGUACAGAGACCUGGAGCCUCAGCGGUCUGGUUAAACACCUCUUAGGUAAACAGCUUCUGAAAGACAAGUCUAUCCGCUGUAGCAAUUGGAGUAAAUUUCCUCUCACUGAGGACCAGAAACUGUAUGCAGCCACUGAUGCUUAUGCUGGUUUUAUUAUUUACCGAAAUUUAGAAAUUUUGGAUGAUGCUGUGCAAAGGUUUGCUAUAAAUAAAGAGGAAGAAAUCCUACUUAGCGACAUGAACAAACAGUUGACUUCAAUCUCUGAGGAAGUGAUGGAUCUGGCUAAGCAUCUUCCUGAUGCUUUCAGUAAAUUGGAAAACCCACAGAGAGUUUCUAUCUUACUAAAGGAUAUUUCAGAAAAUCUGUAUUCACUGAGGAAGAUGAUAAUUGGGUCUACUAACAUUGAGACCGAACUGAGGCCUAGCAAUAAUUUAAACUUACUAUCCUUUGAAGAUUCAACUACUGGGGGAGUACAACAGAAACAAAUUGGAGAACAUAAAAUUUUUAUUAAUGUUGAAGAUGAAACAUGGGACCCGACACUUGAUCAUUUAGCUAAACAUGGUGGAGAAGAUGUACUUGGAAAUAAAGUGGAACGAAAAGAAGAUGGAUUUGAAGAAGGAGUAGAAGACAAUAAAUUGAAAGAGAAUAUGGAAAGAGCUUGUUUGAUGUCGUUAGAUAUUACAGAACAUGAACUCCAAAUUUUGGAACAGCAGGCUCAGGAAAAAUAUCUUAGUGAUAUUGCUUAUAAAUCUACUGAGCAUUUAUCUCCCACUAAUAAUGAAAACGAUACAUCCUAUGUAAUUGAGAGUGAUGAAGAUUUAGAAAUGGAGAUGCUUAAGUCUUUAGAAAACCUCAAUAGUGGCACGGUAGAACCAACUCAUUCUAAAUGCUUAGAUAUGGAAAGAAAUCUGGGUCUUCCAACUAAAGAAGAAGAUGAUGAUGAAAAUGAAGCUAAUGAAGAGGAAGAAGAUGAUGAUAAGGACUCUUUGUUGCCAGCACCCAAUGAAGAGCAAGUUACUUGCCUCAAGAUGUACUUUGGCCAUUCCAGUUUUAAACCAGUUCAAUGGAAAGUGAUUCAUUCAGUAUUGGAAGAAAGAAGAGAUAAUGUUGCUGUCAUGGCAACUGGAUAUGGAAAGAGUUUGUGCUUCCAGUAUCCACCUGUUUAUGUAGGCAAGAUUGGCCUUGUCAUCUCUCCCCUUAUAUCUCUGAUGGAAGACCAAGUGCUGCAGCUUAAAAUGUCCAACAUCCCAACUUGCUUCCUUGGAUCAGCACAGUCAGAAAAUGUUCUAACAGACAUUAAAUUAGGCAAAUACCGGAUUGUAUACAUAACUCCAGAAUACUGUUCAGGUAACAUGGGCCUACUCCAGCAACUCGAGGCUGAUAUUGGUAUCACACUCAUUGCUGUGGAUGAGGCUCACUGUAUUUCUGAGUGGGGGCAUGAUUUUAGGAAUUCAUUCAGGAAGUUGGGCUCCCUAAAGACAGCACUCCCAAUGGUUCCAAUUGUUGCACUUACUGCCACUGCAACUUCUUCAAUCCGGGAAGACAUUGUACGUUGCUUAAAUCUGAGAAAUCCUCAGAUCAUCUGUACUGGUUUUGAUCGACCAAACCUGUAUUUAGAAGUUAGGCGAAAAACAGGGAAUAUCCUUCAGGAUCUGCAGCCAUUUCUUGUCAAAACAACAAGUUCCCACUGGGAAUUUGAAGGUCCAACAAUCAUCUACUGUCCUUCUAGAAAAAUGACAGAACAAGUUACAGCUGAACUUAGGAAACUGAAUCUAUCCUGUGAAACAUACCAUGCGGGCAUGAGUUUUAGCAGAAGGAAAGACGUUCAUCAUAGGUUUGUGAGAGAUGAAAUUCAGUGUGUCAUAGCUACCAUAGCUUUUGGAAUGGGCAUUAAUAAAGCUGACAUCCGCCAAGUCAUUCAUUACGGUGCUCCUAAGGAAAUGGAAUCAUAUUAUCAGGAGAUUGGUAGAGCUGGUCGUGAUGGACUUCAAAGUUCUUGUCACAUCCUCUGGGCUCCUGCAGACAUUAACUUAAAUAGGCAUCUCCUUACUGAGAUACGUAAUGAGAAGUUUCGAUUAUACAAAUUAAAGAUGAUGGCAAAGAUGGAAAAAUAUCUUCAUUCUAGCAGAUGUAGGAGACAAAUCAUCUUGUCUCAUUUUGAGGACAAACAAGUACAAAAAGCCUCCUUGGGAAUUACAGGAACUGAAAAAUGCUGUGAUAAUUGCAGGUCCAGAUUGGGUCAUUGCUAUUCCAUGGAUGACUCAGAGGAUACAUCCUGGGACUUUGGUCCACAAGCAUUUCAGCUUUUGUCUGCUGUGGAUAUCUUAGGGGAAAAAUUUGGAAUUGGGCUUCCAAUUUUAUUUCUCCGAGGAUCUAAUUCUCAGCGUCUUGCAGAUCAAUAUCGCAAGCACAGUUUGUUUGGCACUGGCAAGGAUCAAACAGAGAGUUGGUGGAAGGCUUUUUCCCGUCAGCUCAUCAUUGAGGGAUUCUUGAUAGAAGUUUCUGGGUCUAACAAAUUUAUAAAGAUUUGCACCCUUACGAAAAAGGGUAGAAAUUGGCUUCGUAAAGCUAAUACAGAAUCCCAGAGCCUCAUCCUUCAAGCUAAUGAAGAAUUGUGUCCAAAGAAGUUUCUUCUGCCUAGCUCGAGAACUGUAUCUUCAGGCACCAAAGAGCAUUCUUAUAAUCAAGUACCAGUUGAAUUAACUGCAGAGAAGAAGUCUAACUUGGAGAAGUUAUAUUCUUACAAACCAUGUGAUAAGGUUUCUUCUGGGAGUAACAUUUCUAAAAAAAGUAUCAUGGUGCAGGCACCAGAAAAAUCUUACAGUUCCUCAGAACCUGUUAUUUCGGCACAAGAGCAGGAGACUCAGACUGUGUUAUAUGGCAAAUUGGUAGAAGCUAGGCAGAAACAUGCCAAUAAAAUGGAUGUUCCCCCAGCUAUUUUGGCAACAAACAAGAUACUGGUGGAUAUGGCCAAAAUGAGACCAACUACGGUUGAAAACAUAAAAAGGAUUGAUGGUGUUUCUGAAGGCAAAGCUGCCAUGUUGGCCCCUCUGUUGGAAGUCAUCAAACAUUUCUGCCAAACAAAUAGUGUUCAGACAGACCUCUUUUCAAGUACAGAACCUCAAGAAGAACAGAAGACGAGUCUGGUAGCAAAAAAUAAAAUAUGCACACUUUCACAGUCUAUGGCCAUCACAUACUCUUUAUUCCAAGAAAAGAAGAUGCCUUUGAAGAGCAUAGCUGAGAGCAGGAUUCUGCCUCUCAUGACGAUUGGCAUGCACUUAUCCCAAGCGGUGAAAGCUGGCUGCCCCCUUGAUUUGGAGCGAGCAGGUCUUACUCCAGAGGUUCAGAAGAUUAUUGCUGAUGUUAUCCGAAACCCUCCCGUCAACUCAGAUAUGAGUAAAAUUAACCUAAUCAGAAUGUUAGUUCCUGAAAACAUUGACACGUACCUUAUCCACAUGGCAAUUGAGAUCCUUAAACAUGGUACUGACAGCAGACUUCAGCCUUCAUGUGAUGUCAACAAAAGGAGAUGUUUUCCCAGUUCUGAAGAGAUCUCUUCAAGUUCUAAGAGAAGCAAGGAAGAAACUUCAUCUGCAGAGAGAAAGAGACGAUUACCUAUGUGGUUUGCCAAAGGAAGUCACACCAGCAAGAAAUUAAUGGACAAAACGAAAAGGGGAGGCCUUUUUAGUUAAGCUGGCAGUUACCGGAACAAUUAUGUUUCUUGCUGUAUUACAAGAGGAGAGUUAUAUUUUAUUUCUGAAGAGUAAGGAAUAGUAUUUUGACUUAAAAAUGAUUCUGAUUACAGAGUUCACUGUUUAUUGAAGAACUAGCAUCUUAAAUCAGCCUUCCGCAAUUCACGUAAAGUUUCUGGGUCUUCUGGGAGGCUACGUGAGUACAUUACCUAACAGAAUAUUAAAUUAGACUUCCUGUAAGAUUGCUUUAAGAAACUGUUACUGUCCUAUUUUCUAAUCUCUUUAUUAAAACAGUGUAUUUGGAAAAUGUUAUGUGCUGUGAUUUGAUAUAGAUAACAGGUUAGUAGUUACAUGGUAAUUGUGUGAUAUAAAAUAUUCAUAUAUUAUCAAAAUUCUGUUUUGUAAAUGUAAGAAAGCAUAGUUAUUUUACAAAUUGUCUUUACUAUCUUUUGAAGAAGCUCUUAAACACAUUGUUAAAUGGUAUUAGUUAACCAGGCCAGUGAAAAUGAAACCACAUUUUGGGUGCCAUUAACUAGGGGAAAAAAAUGUAAAAAAUGUAAAAUGGAUACCAAUUGCACUAGGCAACUGUACAUUUUGUAUUUUAUAUACAAUUUCUAUUAUUUUUCAAAUAAUAAAACAAUGUUUUUCACACUGAA